GUCAACCCACACAUCCCUGCAUCUCAUCUAUGCACAAUCUUCGUUUUCUUCAUUUCAAUACAGGUUUCCAUCUCAUUUGAAAUGGAGGUCGAGGAAGGACGAUUGACAUGGUUUCACCAAAUCAAUCGCCCAAGUGCUGAAAUGUGCACUAUUUGGAGAAAUGGAGGUCGUAUUUGGAGAAAUGGAGGUUGGAUUUGGAGAAAUGGAAGUUCGGGAAGGCCGAUUGAAAUGGUUUCACCAAAUUGGGACGAGUCUGUAGAGCUCGGAGGGAUUGAAAUGGAGGUCGGAUUUGGAGAAAUGGAGGUUGGGGAAGGCCGAUUGAAUUGCCUUCAAGACUAGGGACUUCAAAGGAGAUAACCCAGACAAGCCAGGGAUGAGUUUUUUACACUAUACAAACGUAUUUAACUCAUAUUAUAUUUUUUUUACUCGAAUGGUGUAACCGUGGGUGUCGGUUGGCAGGGUAAAUACAUCAUUAUCCUCACCGGCCUUCUACUAAUGGCCAUUGUCGGAUUCAAAGAAAAUUUGUUGGUUUAAUAAUAAAGCAAAGGUUUU